UGUGUUUUGCUCUUUCUUUCUGUUCUUCUUCUUCUUUCUUCUUCUUUCUUCCUUGUUUUCUUCUCCAAACCCUACAACGUAUUACCUCUUUCAGAGUUAACCUGGAAGUUAACUCAUGGGGAAGAAUUUUCUGAUAUUUGUGACAGAAGGGAGAAUUAUUUGAUGUUGACUUCAAUAGAAGUGGAAAUCUCUGACGGGUGAUUUCAGUGAAGCUGAACUGUACUGAACUAACUUAUCAGUACCUCAUAUUCAUUUUAUUUUUUGUAAUUUAAGUUGCAGUGGACAAAAUAAGAGCAGAAUUCGGUUUAUUACCUGGUCUGCAGUGGGCUGCUUUGUUUUGGUGGCAGUUGAGCUUGUUUUAGCCGCUGAGAGAGGUGGUGAGUUAGAAUCGCCGGGGGCAUUUUUUGUAUUUGUUUUGACGGCCCGUUGUGUGUUCAAUUUCUGCAAAGUGAGUUGAUUGGCAAAAACAGAGCAAAAUUUGACGAUCUGAGUAGUGCUGGACUUGGGGGGUUUCAGCAGUUUUUGUUUCUGUAGACCGUUUUCUUAGGAACUUGGGAUUUUGGAGCUCCAGUUUGAGUAAAGACCAGAGGGAUGAGAAUUUUGUUUGUAGCCGCUUGCAGUCGGAUGUGUCUUUGUCCAGAGAGUAUUUUUACUCUUUUUAUCUAUUUGCUGAGCACCGUGUAGAUUACUGUCAAGUAUGCUGAUUCGAAAAACUGAUCAGGGUUUAAGGACUCGGUAGAGCUGGAGAUUGUAACAUCAUUGGAGUUUUUAUUAGAAGGCUUUCAAUUGUUGAUUAGUGAGCAUUGUGCAGUAAAUCUUAUUGUUUGAGCUAGUGCAUUUGAGCAUGGGGGAGCCUGAAAAAAUUCAGCCCAUUAUUUUUGAAUUCUUUCGUAAGGUGGUGCAGGUAAUUUUGGAGUCUAGAAUUCAGUCUGUGUCGAGGUCAGCCUCAUCUAAAGUUAAAUAUUCACAGUGUUCUUCACCAACGAGGGAUAGGGACAAAUGGUUCUAUUUGAAUUUAGGUUUAACUGACAACGCAAAGCUCCCCAUUUUAGAGCCAUGGAGCAAAACCCCUACAACGGAACCAAUGUUUGUGGAGAUACUUUUGGCUGGGUCAGAUGGAGCUUCCAUAGCGCGGCCAGGUGGGCAAUCUUCCAGGGGCUUUAUUUUAGAGAGAUGGACUGUGCAAUAUGCCUUGAAUGCAUCUUCCUCUGCUCUCCAUGCUGAUAUGGAAAGGUCAGUGCUUUACAAUAAGGCAGUGUCACUUCUUCGGUCUCUGUGCUGCACAACAAAGCUGUUACCUGCAUAUAGGGUAUUUAAAUACCUGCAGAAAAGCCCUCCGAGUCACAAUACAAGGAAACUGACUUACAGGAUUUCAGCCAAUCCAAUGACCCUACCCAAGGGCAUAAUGAAAAAUGACAAUUUUAUCCCUGUGGAGACACAGUGUGGUAAGCUUUGUCUUUCUGUCUCGUACUUUGCAAACCUUUUUUGCAGAUCUGGCAGCGAGGUUGAUAGACUGGAAACCCCUAUAACACAGCUAAUUCCGGAUUAUUGUGGGAGCCCUGGUUCUGACAGGAGGUUUCAUGGCACUUCCAGGGGCAAGCACAAUGUUUUGUCUGCGCCAAGCUCCCCUGGAUUUAAAACUACGGGAUUCGGAAGAUGCCAUAGCUGGAGUGGGGGUAUCAACAAGAUUUUACUUCCAUCCACAGCGCCACAGCAAUCCCCGUCGCAUCGUUUUAGCAUGAUCCCAACAGGCCCUAAUCCCAAUUACCAUGGCACCUUAAUCAACUCUCGUACACCACCGCUCCCUGUGCCUCCUCAAAGAAGCCAUAGCAUUGUCGAUCACUUUGCUUCACCUUCUCCCUCACCCCCCAUGCGGAGUCGCUUAUCAAAUGAAAGUGUGUCCCGGGGGCUUCUACGAACUGGAAGUCUUCCUCAGAAUAUGGAUCAAAGCAGAAAUACUCUUCCUCAUCAUAGCAACUGGACUAGGGAGGCUCAUGCUUUGUCUCGAGCAGUUUCUGCUAAUUCUAAAUUUAUACCUGUUUACUCUCAUAGUGCUCUCAGUUCAACAUCAACAUCUGGGAAUUCGGUUGUUCCACGACAAGCACACUCGGGCCACAAGGAUGAGAGAGAUGACAAUGUCUCACUGCGGCGUACACUUUCUAGAGGAUCAAGCAGAUGUUCUUAUACUAAUGAAGCUGAAGAUGAAGACUUGUCUUGCCUCUUUGCACUUGAUGGCGAUGAGAGUGAUGGCUAUAGAAGCAGGGCUGAUUCUCUUGAUGGGAAAUUACGGAUACAAGAGGUUAUGGAAGGGCCAGGCCAGACUGUCUCAGCACCAAGAAGAUCACAGAAUGCUGCUUUAGGUGAACUUGUAGAGAUGCUUAAAUCAGCAACACCUUUGCAGCAGUAUAGUAGAAAUGCUUUAGAUUUUUCACAAGCCAGUGCUGAUAAAUGGAGGAGUGAUUCUUCAAAAGAAACUUUUCAGUGUCAGAGCAAUGAAAAUCAGUGCGGUGUGACAAGCAGUUCAACUGUGUACUCCAAUCGUAGUAGAUUCUCCUGUAAGACAGCUGCUGAUGCAUUAAACGAACUUAGAAAUUACAUGGAAAUUAAAGACUGUUUGCUGAGGCAAAGUGGAGUUCCAAAAGGAAGGUGCCUUUAAAGGGUGAAUCUUGUUAAACGUGAAAUACAUCUUGGUCAGCACCUCAUAUUUUAUUGUUUGCAAGGUCAUUUUGUAUUCAGACUAAGGUUUGGCAGUACUAACUUGCCCUCAAAUUGUACAGUGUAUAGUUUUUGUUGUUUAAAUGCUCGUCUGUUGAAGCUGAUAAACUGAGUCUUUGACUAGAGAUUUUCAGAUAUCUAAAUAUUAAUUGUAGAAGCAUAUGAUGAGAUGAGAAACAAACUCAUUUCCAGAUAGCCAUUUUGACUGAUUUGGCAUUUUAGUAGUUUGAGAGAGGAAUCUUCUGAAAUCAGACACUUGAAAGGGCAUGUGUUGUAAGUAGACCAUAGAAUGAUUUUGCUGGCUGACAAAGCUCUGGAAAAUUUCAACAAAACUACAUGUUUUUUCUUGCUUAAGUGCGAAUAGUCUCAGCAAGGCUAUCUGUAACUGAUUCAUAAUUGGUGGAUAACAGGUAUAGAUACUCGUUGGGGUUAAACUGUUGCUGUUGUUCGUCUAGGCUUACACCAAUCCAAUUAUAGUGAUGUACGAUAUGUAUUAUGUACUCCAGGGCAAAUGGCCAAUAUUUUUUUUCAUUUACUCGAUCUGAUGUAAAAAUUGUAAAUAGUAACCUCAUUUCAGGUC